AUGGGGUGGCCACAAAUUGAACCAUCCAGUCCCCACCUUACAUAUCUACUUCUGUCAUUCUUUCUGAUAGUGUUCGCACUAUUUUCAGAUCUGAUUCGAAAUCGUGCUCAUUUAGCAGAACCUCCCUUAGCCACCUUUGCAGGCAUUGCAUUUGGUCCUAAAGGGGCCACUGUCCUCAACCCAAUUGACAACUGGGGUUGGGGAGACAGCAUCACCCAAGAGCUCGCUCGAGUCAUCACAGGCGUACAGUGUUUUGCUGUCGGUAUCGAUCUCCCCGCCAAAUAUGUGAAGCGCCAUUGGAAAAGUAUUGCUCUUCUCCUCGGACCUAAUAUGGUCGCCGGGUGGAUGAUCUCAGCCGCCAUCAUAUACUUCGUACUCAAUACAACAUGGGUCAAUGCGAUGAUCAUCGCAGCUUGUCUUACUCCCACAGAUCCUGUCCUGUCAGCAAGUAUCAUUGCAGAGACGAGGUUUUCGCAAAGAAUCCCCAAACGGAUCCGAAACCUACUGGCGGCGGAAUCAGGCUGUAACGACGGCACAGCCUUUCCAUUCUUAUAUGCCGGACUAUAUACUCUCCUUGCAAAUUCAGCUGUCGAAGGAACAAGGAAAUGGCUGACAGACCUCCUCAUCUGGCAGUGCCUUUUCGGCGUUGCAGUCGGCGUGGCUAUCGGCUUGACUGCAAAUAAACUGCUUCGGUAUAGCGAGGCCAGAGGGUUCGUUCAAGAGUCCACGUUGUUCGUCUUUUAUUUUCUCCUUGCAAUCUUUUGUGUUGCGGUAGGCAGCACCCUUGGACUGGACGACUUUUUGGUCUGCUUUACUGCAGGGACAGCAUUCUGCUGGGAUGGCUGGUUCUCCAAAAGGACUGCGAGAAUGAAACUGCCCAGCAUACUGGAUCUUCUGCUCAACUCGGCAUUUUUCGUCUACUUUGGUUCCAUCGUCCCUUGGGAUCUAUAUCGUGACAAUCUCAAUAUAGGAAAGAUGCUGGUCUGCGUUCUCCUGGUUCUGGUCUUGAGACGACUGCCUAUGAUGGUCGCCCUGAAAAGGGUCAUUCCUGACCUACACACAUAUCACGAGGCCGCGUUCACUGGCCACUUCGGUCCAAUUGGAGUAGGGGCAUUGUUCCUCGCAAUCGAGGCAAGAUCCAGACUGGAAACUGACUCAUCAUUGCCUCUGCCACAUCCGCCAGAGGACUCACCUCACAUUGUGGCUCUGAAGACUAUUUGGCCAGUUAUCUGCUUCAUAGUCCUGUGUUCCAUUAUUGUACAUGGGUUUUCGCCGUUUCUGAUGAGCCUUGUUGGACAUUUCUCGAGACAUCCCAAAGAAAGGGCACCCUUGUUAGCAGCCGAGGAGGAGCGACUUUACGGCAUGGCGACCGAAGAGAGGACGAUUGCUGUAGAUUCCGAUGACACCGAUGGAGACAUGUCAUAG